UUAGCCAAUGACUUUGCAUACUAUUCGCUUUAAAAAGCCGACUAAAACACGCUAUGUUCGAUUUUAAUCUAGCUUUUUAUGACUGGAACAAACUGCAAACUUGUUCAGCUCUGGUCUCAUCAACAAAUAAACAAAUGAAAAGUACUCUAGCCGUACUGUUGUGAUAAAAUUGAAAAACUAGCUUCUUUUUUAUUGCGCCCGGAUACUUUUAUAUCUGUUACGCGUGAUGUCUAUUCUCCAUAAAGUGGUAUCCCAUGGAAGGGUGCACCAACUAAGGCUUUUGCUCAAAAUGGGCAGACAAAUUAAGGUGAACCCUAGAGACGACACUGAAAAAACUCCUUUGAUACUGUGCGCUUUAAUUGACGACGAGCAAUUGGGGAUGAAAAUGUUCAAUUUGCUAAUGGAGGACCCGCGAACAGACCACGACGCCACAGACAUCUACAACAGGAACAUAUUCACAUACGCCAUCAUGAAAGGAAGAACUGCGCUGCUUCAUGUACUCUUGGAGAACAAAGCGACUAUUACGAUGAAUAACACAGAUGCAAACGGCCUUUCUAACUUACACCACGCAGUGAUAUAUGGAGACGCCUCUAUAUUAACACUUAUCAUCAAACUUUUUCGUGAACUGGGGCUGGGAGUUGACCCCAGAUCAUCCGAUGGUGUAACACCUUUGAUUCUGGCAAUCAAAAUGGAACAUUUUGAAUGUGCAAACUUGCUGCUGAUUGAAGGAAACGCAAACUAUCUCCUCAAGGAAUCAGUUAACUAUAGGAGUUCUAGAGACUGGGCAAACUUAAAAUUAAAGAAAAUCGAAGCUCAGCGAGCAAACAAAAUGACGCGUCUCGGUCUGCUGUCUCGAGCGAAGACUGAACAGCGGAUGACGUUGCGAAGACGCGGAGAACGAUCGCCCCCAAGGUCGGCGCUGACUGCCCCCACUGCUGGCUUGCCUUUCCUGACAACUAGGGCGUCCAAAAAACGAAGCAUUGAUUCAGACGCAUUCAAUUACAAUGAGCUCAAGAAGCUGCACAUGAUUUUGCAUUCAAAAUUUACAGGCGAACAGCCAAAGUUUGCCAACAAAAGAGAAACCAGAGUUAGAUUUAACACUGAGCCCCUUCCUUCAACAAUGUCAUCCACCGAAUCCCUCCCUCCUAUCUAUCGGCUACUGCAGGAACAGAUUUGGGCGACGGAGUUUGCCAGAGAACCUCUUCUUCCAGUUAACUGUUCUUUACCCUAUACGAGAUUCAACUCCGCCAAAACGUCAUCAUCAUUAUUGUCCCACAAAUAGAUUGAGCAAAUGCGAAUUAUAGCAUUUGAAUUAUUGUGUUUCUGCCAUCAGUGCAAAAAUUUAGCCUCCCAAAACGA